CGAGGAAGAAGAGGAGGAGGAGGAGGAGGAGGAGGAGAUACUCAACCAGACUGGACCUGGAUUAAACGUCUGCAGCCUGAAAGCAGCACUGAGAGUCUAGAGUGCAGGCUGCUGUGUAUGGUGUGUAAGCGGGAUUUCAGGAGUCUGCCAGCGCUGAACGGACACAUGCGCUCCCACAGCGGCUCCAGAUCGGCUACAUGGUUGAAAAAGGGUGAGGACCCUUCCCCAGUGAUGGUGUUGCCCGUCUCCGUCCCCGUCCAACCCAAAGGCCCGGCCAAGGCGUGUAAAGGGGCGCAGAGGCGAAGCAGUCGCCUCUCUCCAGCCACCGGGGGCGCUGUGCUCUACCGCAGCCUGUUACGCCAAGAAGAAGAGGAAGGGACUGCUAAGGGAGAUGGGGCCGAGAGCAGAGCGGGUGAUGGUGAGGAAGCUGCUGCCGGGGGUGAUGGUGUCGGUGGUGUGCACUACACCCCUCCGCCCAUGCUGUGUCCCUUCAGGGCGGGGCCAGGGUUGUACUGCUCCCUCACCACCAGGAGGCAGCAGAGAGUGCAGACCGUAAAGCUUCACAACACACACAAUGAUCUGGUUGCCGUGGAGACAGCCUCUCCUCCUCCUGGAAUCAUUAAGCCGCAGAUCAAUAAAGGGCGGAGCUUCCAGGCUGAAAUCCCACCUCUGCUGGACCAAAAACAUGCCAGCUCCGAUUCCCACAAUGCCGUGCUGCUGUGGACGCCGUGGGAAGAGCUGGAGCGUCCUGUCAAUCAGCUGAGAGUUGAAGCUCUGUUGAUGAUGGCUCGCUCCAGCGUGGUGCCAGGGGGCGGGGCCAGCCCAGAGUCGGCCCUCCACGUCCUGUCAGAGUGCAGAGGAGACUUCCUGCUGACGGUGGAGAAGCUGCUGUCAGCUCCUGAAACAUCCAACAACCACCACACAGCUCAACAGUAUCCAAGUGCCAGGUGGAGCGAAGCGGAGAGGGGGUCGCUGGUUAAAUCCCUGCAGCUCCAUCAUAAAGACUUCAGCAGAGUCCAGAGAGCCGUUCAGACGAAGUCCCUGUCUCAGUGUGUGGAGUUUUAUUAUCUGUGGAAGAAGAAGCUCAGCCUGAGCACAAGGACCGCGGCUGGGCUGACCGUCAAUCUGCCCGACACAAACGGUCAGAAGUCAUCAAAAUCCCAUGAUGCAUCAUGAAGCCCUGGACUGCCGACUGCUGGAGCUACACACUACUUGUAGACACACACAGACGCACAAAAACACAAAGAUUAAUGUAAAUUCCGUUUUUAAGGCUUAAAGUGUAAAAGCUGUGAGGCGUUCAGUGAAAGGGUUAUGGGUUUAAAUCCUCCCGGAAGUUCACUCAUAUAAUGCUUAAACGCUUCACCACAUCUUUCGUUAUCUAUUUAUUUCCAGUUUGCUUUUCUGGUAUCAGAAGUCAUGUAGCGAAAAACAGUUGAACAAUAAAGGAAAAAAACAUUUGUCUCCA